AUGUUCGUCAAGUCCGAGACCCUGGAGAUGAAGGAGGACGCAGACAUGCUAGUGCUCCUCGGCUCGGCCCCCUCCGCGGCCGCGCGGACCCCGCUGCCGUCCAGCGCAGACGAGGACGACGAAGAGCGGGGCCUGCCGGGCGGGGCGCGAAGGCCGCGCGGUGCCGGGUCGGUCACACGGCUGCUCGGCCUGGCACACGAGUGCCGGCGGCGCCCCUCCAGGGCACGGGCCGCUACGCGGGGCGCCAAGACGGCCGAGACAGCGCAGCGCAUCAAGAAGACCCGCCGGCUUAAGGCCAACAACCGCGAGCGCAACCGCAUGCACAACCUAAACGCGGCGCUGGACGCGCUGCGCGAGGUGCUGCCCACCUUCCCCGAGGACGCCAAGCUCACCAAGAUCGAGACCCUGCGCUUCGCGCACAACUAUAUCUGGGCGCUCACCGAGACGCUGCGCCUGGCCGACCACUGCGGCGGGGGCCUGCCCGGCCCGCUGCGCCCCGAGACUGCGCUGCUGAGCCCUGGCGGCGCCCUGGGCAGCGUGGGGGACAGCCCGUCGCCCGCGUCUACGUGGAGCAGCACCGACAGCCCCGCGCCCCCCUCCUCUGCACCGUCCACUUCCACCUCCCCCUACAGCUGCGCCUUCUCCCUCUCCCCCGCUAGCCCCGCAGGGUCCGACCGGGACUGCUGGCAGCCGGCUCCGCCCAACAAGCGCCGCUGCGCGCCUCGCCGCCCCGCAGUCCGGGAGUGCGCCUAG